AUGUCAUCUCAUACUCAACUUUCCUCCCCCUCCUCCGUCUCUCCCACUAAGCUGUGCUCUCGGACCUACAAGAAAGCUUCCCAGCUGUUCCUCACAAGGCGAUUACCAGAAGCGCUAUCAACUCUCCAGACUAUUCUGCAAUCUCAACAAUCCUCCGAUGACCAUCAAAUCAAUGGCGACGACUCCGCGGCCGUUGCGCCAAUCGCCACCGCCUCCAACACGUGGAGAAUCAAAGUGUGGAACUUCUACAUCACCCUCCUGAGUUCGAUCGUAGAGCUCGGCGCAGAAGAAGGCAAGACUCAAUUUGGACAAAAAGAAUGGAAGGAAUUUGCAACACAAGUCCGCGAAGGUGGGAUAUGGGAAAAUGUUGUACAAAUCGGAUACCAAGGCCGAGAGGGCUCCGUAGACGCAGAGGUGGUCUAUGUCUUGGCUACAUUGCUUUUGAACCACUCAGCCUCACAAGCAUUGAACCAACAACGACUUGAAACAUACCUGUCAUCAUAUGGACAGCCCAACUUGGACCUGGCAGACCGACUCCAAAAUGCAUCCACCGAUUUUGAACAACAUCGAAUCUCCGCCACGAGUGGAACGGAUACCCCCAAAGAUCUCGCAGCCCGAGUACGGAUUAUCGAGCUGUUCACCCUCCACGUCCUCCCCCGCAACGAAGAAUGGGAAUACGCGCAAGAAUUCAUCAAUCUCAGCGAAGUACUAGAUGAAGAGCGCAAAGAACUAUUCCUUCAAACGCUGGAAGGCCUGAAAGAAGAGAAAGAGCGGGGAGAAUUACGUGCUGCAGAGCUACAACGGGCUAAAGACGCCGAGCUCGAACGAGAACGGGACGACGAGCGCCGAAAAACCGAGGAUGAAGCCGCUGCAGCGGCGCGCCAACAGCAACCAAAUGGACAUAAACGGAAUACUAGCGAAGUCGAUUAUGGGAUUGAAAAAGGAAGCCCUCGCAGUGGCUCUAAGGGCAAACCAUCCAAACCGGCAGACAAGUCUCCUAAUGGCAAAGCAACGUCUCGCACAAGUUUAUCAUCGUCCAAUUCUAAGAAUUCUAAGAAACCCGUUAAGUCUGAGCCACGGAAAAACCAAGUACUGGCGGCGGCUACGGCUCUUCGAAAUCUGUUCCGGAGGCUUAUUCAGAACGUUUCGGGAAACCCCUUAUCACUAGCACGCACUCUGCUCUUCGUGCUUGGUAUUUUGAUGGCUUUCAGCCGGCAGGAUAUACGUGACCGAGUUCGCAGAGUCACAGAUUCCGGAUGGCAGAAACUUAAGGGGACAGUUGGAAUGGGUGUCAAGGUUAGCUAUAUUUGA